AUGGGCAUUAAAAAUUUAAAACCAAAUCCUAAAGUUAUUGUUACUUUUGGCUCUAUUGGGGCAGGAAAAACAACUUUUUUAAAUGAAUUAAAAGUUUUUUUUGAAAAUCAAGGACUGACAAUUUAUCUUCCUGAAGAAAUGUCACUUCGUCUUGGACAAGAUUUGAAGUAUUUUUAUCAAGAUACUCAAAGAUAUGGAUUUAUGUUUCAAGAUCUUUUAAUUGAUGCAUAUCAGAAAGAGAAUGAAAUAAUCAGAAAAGAUAAAUAUGAUAUCUAUUUAAUUGAUAGAACUACUAAAGAUACUCAAUUUUUUUCUGAAAUUCUUAUUAAUGAUAAAUUGAAACUUAAUUAUUUUAAAAAAAAAUUAAAUAAGGAAGAACAAAUUAAUGCUAAAUAUAAUUUUUUUAUCAAAUAUUUUCCUGAAAUCUGUUAUGAACGAAAAGUUAAGAGAAAUAGAAAGGGUGAAAAAGUUUUAUUAGAAUAUUUAAAAACUCUUUGUGCAG